AUGCUUAGUUCUUAUACUGUCCCAUCUUUAAAUGAUGCUGUUUGUGACAAAGUUCUUUGGGGGGCUGAUUGCACUACUCGGUCUCUGUUUUCGGUCAGUACUGCUUGGGAAUCUUUAGAUGGGACUCAUCCGAUUGUACCGUGGUAUAAAUCGGUAUGGUUCUCGGGUCAUAUUCCUAAGCAUGCUUUCUGUUUAUGGCUUGCUUGUCAGAGACGUCUCCCUACUCAAGACCGCCUAAUAUGGAAGGAUGAACCCCCGGAUUUGAAGUGUUUGUUAUGUGGUAAUUGUAUUGAUAGCCAUGCUCAUUUAUUCUUCCAAUGUGUUUUUGCUCGGGAGGUUUGGGAAAGUAUGUUGCUUCUUGUGGACUUAAGGACUAUGCCGUCGUCUUGA